AUGCUGCACAAGACGGCCCCGUGUGUGGGGCUCAUGGUGCUGGGCACCUACAUGUGGCCCAUUUGGGAGUUUGUGGAUGUCAACAAGGACCUGGAGUGCGUUGUGAUGUCGAUGGAGUUCACUGUGCCUCAGUUCAAUGAUGCCAGCACAGAGGAGCAGCGAUAUGGUUUGCUGGAAGGCGGCCAAGUCCAAGAGAAGAUGUGGAUAGCCAUCUUUCUGAUGGAGCUGGGGCUGUGCCUCAUGAUUGACAGAAAGUGUGAUGAAGACAUGGACAGCUAUCUGCUGCCAAGUGUGCAGGAAAAACAAGGGUUGGGGGAAAUGAUUGUCCCGAGAGCGGCACAGUGCAUGUUGGGAGAGUGA